AUGAAUUCUGCUGAUUUCUCCUUUGAGCUUGGGCUAUUUCCAUGUCCAACUGAUGAUAUAAGUGGUUCUACUAUUUCUGAAUUUGUUCAUAAACAAUGGGUGGCGGAAGUACAAUUUCUCGGUGUUGUGGAGCACCCAAACCUUGUCAAAUUUAUUGGAUACUGCACUGUGGAUGGAGAAAGAGGAAUCCAGCGGCUGCUUAUUCUGCGUGGAGCAGCUCAAGGAUUGUCUUAUUUACAUGAAGAAUUCGAGGCACAGGUGAUAUAUCGAGCUUUUAAGUCAUCGAAUGUGCUAUUGGACGAGGAUUUCAAGCCAAAGCUUUCAGACUUCGGGCUUGCCAGGGGGAGACCAACAGGUGGGCAUUCCCACGUUUCGACAGUGGUUGUGAGGAAUUAUGGAUAUGCUGCCCCAGACUACAUUCAAACAGGACAUCUCACGACUGAGAGCGAUGUGUGGUGUUUUAGAGUGGUAUUAUAUGAGGUCUUAACAGGUAGGCAGUCAUUAGAACGAAACAGACCAAUAUCAGAACAAACACUUCUGCAUUGGGUGAAACAGUUUCCUGCUGAUAGCAAGAAAUUUGGCCUGAUAAUGGACCCAAGACUUGAUAAUCGUUACUCUCUCAGCGCAGCUCGAAAAAUUGCCAAAUUGGCUGACAGCUGUUUGUUGAAGAGUGCAAAGGAUCGGCCAAAAAUGAGUCUUGUGUUGGAAAGUUUGAAGCAGAUAAUUGAAGUUUCAGAUAGAGAGAGCCAUUCCAACAGCAGGUUUGAGUGUGUGGAAGAUGAUCCAGCCGACGCAAGUAAGAACCUUAACCAAAUGGCACCCCCAGAAUCAACAAAAAGGCGGUUGACACAGUUGGCUAAACUAGGUGAACAUGGUGGUCGAAUCAGUAGAAGGGGUUUCUUGAUAAUGCACAGGACCAAAGUGCCUUAAAAAUGUUUUCUGCAAAAUUGAAUUUUGUUUCUUUGAGAAGGCAAUAGUUUCUCUUUGGGUUUGUACCUUGGUGAAGGAAUAGAGCAGUUGAAGCAAACAUAUUGUACCGAGUUGAAUUGGUGGGGGCAUUGUUUAGGUGGGCU